AUGCAUCUCAAAUCCUAUCUAUCCGCAGUCCUCUAUGGGUUGCCGGCGCUGGCUCAGCCCUCCACUGCGCCUGCCGACUCGUCGGCUGUGGACGCCUUCAAGGUGUACACCAUCAAGGCCGAGAAUAUCACCGCCAAGUUCAUUCCCUACGGUGCCCGUCUGACCUCGGUGCUCGUGCCCGAUCGCAACGGCCGGGAACAGGACGUCGCCCUCGGCUAUGAUGAUCCCGAAGACUACGUCAAGGAUACCAACGGGGACCACACUUACUUCGGUGCUGUAGUCGGCCGGUAUGCCAACCGCAUCAAGAAUGGCACCUUCACUAUCGGCGACACUGAGUACGAGGUUCCCAAAAAUGAAAACGAUGGACUUGAUACCCUGCACGGGGGCAAUGUCGGUUAUGAUGAGCGCAACUGGACCGUCACCGCGCAAUCGGAGUCCUCGGUGACAUUCACCCUGCUCGACCAGGGAUUCCAGGACUUCCCUGGCGAUGUGAUCACCCACGCCGUGUACAGUGUGGACACCGCGGUCACCCCCGACAACCCGAACGGUCUCCCCCAGUUGACCACCAAGCUGAUCUCCGUGGCCCUGACCGAGUCCACGCCCAUCAUGUUGUCCAACCACAUCUACUGGAACCUCAACGGUUUCAAAGAGAAAAAUGUCCUGAAAGACACCUUCCUCCAGAUGCCUCUCUCAACGCGCCUUGUCGCCACAGACGGCAUCCUGAUCCCCAACGGCACGCUUCUGGGAGUUGAUUCCUACGACGGUGCCGCGGACUUUACCACCGGGAAGUUGGUCGGUCAAGACGUCGAAAAAGCCGUCGGGCUGUGCGGCACGGAUUGCACGGGCUACGAUAACUGCUGGAUCGUGGAUCGACCUCCCCAGCAGGUGGGCCCGGCCUCGUUGGUCCCCGUUCUCUUCAUGAACUCCAGCACCACCGGCAUCAGCCUGGAGGUGGCCACCAACCAGCAGGCGGUCCAGAUCUACGCCUGCGUGGGACAGAAAGGCAACAUCCCGAUCAAACCGUCCCAGGCCAAGCGCAAUAAGGAGGAAGGGAUCGAUGGCGCCACGGCGGUCAACAAGUUCGGCUGUGUCGUCAUUGAGCCGGAGGGAUGGAUUGACGGGAUCAACAACCCCGAAUGGGGCCAGCUGUCUGAUCAGAUCUAUUCCCCUGCGGGCGCUCCGGCUAUCAAUUGGGCCACCUACAAGUUUGGUGUCGUUUAG